AUGCGGCUAAUAUUGAUCGUUAGCGCUUUUGUCGCUUUUCUAGCGGCACCCGUGGUGUCGGCGGAAAAGUAUAUCAAAUCCAACGCCUUGAAUAUCUGCCAAGAUAGCUCAAAUUUUACGGCAACUUAUUUCAGUGUCACUUUCACCCCCAACAACAGAUCGCUGGCUUUUGGCUUCGAUGGAAUCGCCUCCAUUUCCGGAAAGGUGACUGCUGAGCUGACCCUCAAUGCCUACGGUAUUGAGGCUUUUAAAAAGGAAAUCGAUCCUUGUAAAGAGAAACUGCAAGGUCUUUGCCCCAUGAAUGCAGGGCCUAUCAAAGUUAAACGUGGCACCGUGGACGUUCCGAAAGAUGUGGUCGACAAAAUCCCCGGAAUUGCGUAUACUGUUCCUGACCUUGACGCCUCUGUCCGCAUCUAUAUCAACUCUACUGAGACGGGCCAAAGCAUUACAUGUCUGGAGGCUAGUUUGUCCAACGGCAAAACGGUGUAUCAAAAAGGAGUGGGUUGGUCCACGGCCGUCAUCUCCGGCUUAGGCUUGGCUGCCUCUGCCGUCACAUCGGGCCUCGGCCACUCGAAUACAGCCGCCCAUGUUGCCGCUAAUGCCUUGUCUCUUUUCAGUUUUAUGCAGUCUCAGGCUAUAAUUGGCAUGACAUCUGUCCACAUGCCUCCAAUCGUCGAAUCGUGGACUCAAAAUUUCCAAUGGAGUAUGGGUAUUAUUCAUAUUGGAUUCCUCGAAAAUAUCUGUACCUGGUACCAAAGAUCAACUGGAGGGAUCCCAACGACACUUCUUUCGGAGCUCUCCACAACUUCAGUUCAAGUAUUGAAACGCAGGUCUCUUAAUGCCCCAGUCAACCUAGUUAGGAGCGUUUCGGAGCACUUGUUCAAACGGGACGGGGCAGCAUCUGAGAAAGCUAACAGCAAGAGCAUCACUGUCAGAGGUAUUCAACGAGUUGGAUUUAAAGCGGGCAUUGAACAGUCGAAUAUUUUCCUGACCGGGCUAAUCUUUUUUGUCGUUUUCGUCGCUCUGGUGAUGAUUUUCGUUGCCCUCUUCAAAGGGGUGUGUGAGCUCUUGGCAAAGAAUGGGAGGAUGAAGAGCGAUAAAUUCCAGGAUUUCCGAAACGGAUGGAAAAUUGUCGCUCGCGGGAUUCUUUUUCGACUAACAUUGAUCGGCUUCCCACAAAUGUGCAUCCUUUGUUUGUGGGAGUUUACCAGAAAGGACUCGGCUGCCGAGGUGGUUCUAGCUGUGAUCAUGAUCCUGUCGAUUGUUGCUGCCCUGAGUUGGGCUGCAUUCAAGGUCAUUCGCUUGGCGAAGCGGUCGGUUACCAUGCACAAGAAUCCGGCUUAUAUCCUCUACUCCGAUCCAACAUGCUUAAAUAAAUGGGGUUUCCUGUACGUGCAAUAUCGAGCUACGGCUUACUACUUCGUCGUACCCGUGCUCGGAUAUAUCCUUGUUAAAGGCAUGUUCAUUGGUCUUAGCCAGCCGGCUCCUGUCGUCCAGACCAUUGCUUUGGUCAUUAUUGAGGCUGCUAUGUUGAUUGCAGCCAGCGUUCUGCGACCAUGGAUGGAUAAGAAAACCAAUAUUUACAACAUCGCCAGCGCUGCCAUUAAUUUCCUCAACGUUAUCUUCCUUCUAUUUUUCUCCGAUGUGUUCAAUCAGCCUGGCAUUGUAACUGGUGUCAUGGGUGUUGUAUUCUUUGUGAUCAACGCGGUGUUUGCACUGAUUCUCUUGAUUAUGGUUCUCGUCGCCUCUAUAUAUGCCAUUGUAUCGAAGAAUCCUGAUACGCGCUACCAGCCCAUGCGAGAUGACCGUGGUUCUUUCAUCAAAUCGCAAACGCAGCUUACUACCGAAUUGGAUGCUCUGGGAGCUACUGCUCGUGGCGAUAUGAAAACUACUGCCUACAAGUCUAGCCCUUUCGAUGACGACAAUAGCUCCACCUCCUACUCCCACGGCAAUGGUGCGAAUGCUAGCCGUCAGAAUCUAGAUGCUAACGGUGCGUCGAACAUUGCUCGGCAGCCUCAUUCUCCCGUUGAUCCUUCACUACCUCUUUUCCCCAGUGAUACCUCAGACCCACGAGGACCGCCAUCACCGGUCGCGCGAGGUUUAAGUUCAUCUCCUUUCAAUAACCCGAGUGCAUAUAGAGCGCAAAAUUCGUCCAGCCCGUGGCAAAGAGGAGCUGGAUACGACCAUUAA